GUUUAACUAUGCGUUCACAAAGAAGAAGACAUCAUCAGACAAAACAAGCUUGAUAAAUCAGGCUGCGUACCAUUUUCAUUCCAGAGCCACCUAAAACCAGCACGCUUCCAUGGCCUACGCCUGACCCAGACUCGGGAAAGGACACAGCGUUUGCCAUUCUAACCCAGAACAACGCUGCCGACCUACUGCUCUGCGACACCCACGACAGCAGGUGCACCAGACCAACACACCAUGGAAAACCAUACCAUGGACUUAGCCGACUGGCCCCUGACAACAGAAUUCGACUACAGCGAUUCAGCGCCGUGCCUGGGAACUGAGGAAAAGCACUUUGCAGCAAAACUUUUGCCACCGCUUUAUUCUUUGGUGGUGAUAUUUGGCUUCACAGGCAACAUGCUUGUUGUCCUUAUCCUGGUCAAAUACAAGCGACUGAAGAGUAUGACUGACAUCUACCUGCUCAAUUUGGCAAUUUCUGAUUUGCUGUUUGUAUUUUCUCUCCCUUUUUGGGCUUAUUACGCUGUUCACGACUGGAUUUUUGGGGAGGUGCUGUGUAGAAUUCUCUCAGGUGUCUACCUCCUUGGCUUCUACAGCGGCAUCUUUUUCAUAAUCCUGUUGACCCUCGACAGGUAUCUGGCCAUAGUGCAUGCAGUGUUUGCUUUAAAAGCUAGGACAGUUACCUACGGCAUCCUCACCAGCACUGGCACUUGGGUUGUUGCUAUUCUGGCUUCUGUACCUGGGAUGGCAUUUCACAAAACUCAAAAGGAAAAUACACGUUAUACUUGCAGUGCUCAUUAUCCAGCUGAUGCCACAAUAAAUUGGAAGUACUCCUAUACUUUAAAAAUGAACAUUCUGGGACUUAUUGUCCCAAUGCUCAUUAUGAUUUUCAGUUACUCACAAAUUCUAAAAACACUGUUGAGAUGUAAGAAUGAGAAAAAACAGAAGGCAGUCAGACUUAUUUUUGUGAUCAUGAUUUUCUACUUCAUCUUCUGGACACCGUUCCAUAUUUCUUCUUUUCUGCAUACAUUUCAAAAUUCAUUUUUCAUUGUAGAUUGUGAAAUCAUAGGUCAACUGGAGAAAGCAAUCCAAGUGACAGAAACAAUCUCAAUGAUCCACUGUUGUAUUAAUCCUGUGAUCUAUGCAUUUGUUGGAGAAAAAUUUAGGAAGUAUCUUCAUAGCUUUUUCCGAAAGCAUGUUGCAGCCCACCUCUGUAAAAAAUGUCCAACUCUUUAUGGUGAAAAAUUAGAAAGAGUUAGCUCCACAUUCACACCAUCCACUGCAGAGCAUGACAUCUCUACUGGGCUAUAAAAAUACAUUAAAACAUUACUUAGUAAAUGUUGCAUCACUUGCUUUGUCUUAAGGACUGCCUGAUAUUACUUUAUGUCAACCACUAAUGAAAACUGUAUGACCCUCAAUUCUUGUAGUUAAUCCUGGAGUUUCAGCAUUUUCCAUUCUUAAACCAAGAGAAUCAGUGAGCUCUCUUGGAAGCAUUAACACCGUAUCUGGAUGACAUGGAGGUUUGAAUGGGGCCCAGAAUAGCACGAUUCUGUUUCUUCACUCUAAUUCUAUCUAAUGAUGAAAUCUAGUGAAAUUUGCCUGGGGGGCAAUACAAUACUGAAGAGUCUAAGGAGUAACAUGUUAUCUCACAAGAGCCAUUUGCUGUUAUGUGAACAUUGUAAGAUCAGCACUGGGAGGAAGCUUUGAGGAUUGAUGUAUCUGUUUAGUAUUCAGCAUUAAUGGAAGGCUUUUCAAAGUGCUUGUAUUUUUUCUGCAACAUGGCAAGGCAUUUGAUGGGGGAAGGACUUCUAGUUUUCUUCAUUUUUCCCCCCUACCCCUUAUUUUCCCUACCUGAAUAAAAGAUGUUUCCAUAAAAAGGAAUUUGAGGACAAGUAUGAUAAAUAUCAAGAUAAUAUCUCUCCUUUGAUGGGAGAGUUAACUGACCUUUAACUUACUGGGGCCAUUUAGCCCAAGGAUCUAUCUGUCAGAUAAUAGUGUAGUCAUUUUUAAACAUAACUCUUUUGACUAUAGGCUAAGUUAUAGUAUUUUUAUUUUAGUUCUUUAAUUUUAUGACUGCUAUAUCAUUGUUCAGUUACUAGUAUUUUCCAAAGUGGGCUUUUAAUUGGCAACAUUGUGUUUUUUGUGGGUGCAAUUUUGCAAGUAACUGUACACACUAAGUCUACUGACUGCACAACAAGACAACGGUGCACCCCCAAGAAACAUGAGCUUGUUUCUGACAAACCGCAUCCCUCCAAGGAAGACAGCACUUAACCGAUAAAAGCACAUCAGCAAAGAUCUGCAAAGCCAGAAUGAAAAGGGACAUGAAGUUAGUAAAGAAGAGGAGGGAGGAUCAUAGUGGAGAACUUGCUUCAAACUGUAAGGAAGUGCAGGUGAGCACUCCUCAUGCAAGUGAACUGUCCUUUCUUCCUCAUUUACUUCAAAAGGCACCGCUCAUGCAUGUAAGGCCUUGCUCAUGGAAAUCUGGAGGGGCAGGUUCAAGUAACCUCCAGGCAACGUAUGGACACAAGAGGGGAUUCCACACUAUUUAAUAUUAGGCACACGACUGAGAUGCCUAACAAACAGCAAAUCUCCUCAAAGACCCUCAGUGGUCAGUAGAGAAAAAUAGAUGCCCAAGUCAGAGGCAAACGUAUGAUUUAAAUGGCCUCUGGGAAAGAUUACCUGUCCUACUGUAGAAGGAAUCUGGAAAUGCCAGCCUCUUAAUUUAGGUAUCAGAUGCCUUUAUCUGAGUGGUGCAAAUACUCUUCCCCCCUCUAGCCUUAUAACAACAAGGCACUGCUUCUAUUAGUUGUUAGCUUUUAACCUAUAAACUAUUAUAAUCUGGCCACUACCUUGUGAGGUUAAUAGCCACA